AUGGAGCAUGAUCAUUUUGAUAAUGUAAUUCAAGAUGUGUGGAACCAGGAAAUAUCUGGAAAUCCUAUUUUUAUUCUUUCUCAGAAACUUAAGCGAGUUAAGUUGUAUAUCAAGCCUUGGGCGAGAAAAAAUUUUCCCAAUAUUGAUAAUGAAGUAAAAAAAGCUUCUGAUCACCUAAAUUCUGUACAUCAAGAAAUUGAGGCUAUAGGGAUGUCAGAUGACCAUUUUGGUCGCGAGGCUGAUGCCAAAACAGCUCUAUUGAAAGCCACCCAGUUGCAGGAUAAUCUUUGGGCUCAAAAAGCUAAGCAGAGGUGGAUGAAAGAUGGGGACAAAAAUUCAAAGUUCUUUCACCUAUCAGUGAAAAUGCAACGGGCUCGAAAUCAAAUCCACACUUUGCAGAAUGCUGAUGGGGAGUGGAUGAAUGACCAGCAACAAUUGUCUUCAUAUAUUGUCAAUUAUUACGAGGAAUUCCACGGCUUAUCUCUCACUUCUCCUCACCCUGAGCUGCUGGAUUGCAUUCCAUGCAUAAUUUCGGGCGAUGAUGCUCUUUAUUUGGAGGCUGAACCAUCUUCAGAGGAAAUAAAAAAAGCUGUUUGGGAAUUAGACCCAGAUAGCUCCCCUGGACCUGACAGCUUCUCAGGGAAAUUUUUUAGGCCGGUAUGGCGUAUUGUUGAGGGUGAUUUUUGCAGGGUUGUAUUGCAUUUCUUCAGAUGGGGAAUCCUUCCAAAGGGUGUGAAUAAUUUUUUUCUCACACUUAUCCCUAAGGUGGUGGGGGCUACUUCUCUCAACAAGUAUAGGCCAAUUUGCAUGGGAAAUAAUUUUUGCAAGGUAUUAUCAAAAAUUGUGGCAAGUAGAGUUGCAAUUCUACUGCCAAAGCUGAUUUCAGAGGAACAAUGGGCGUUCCAAAAGGGGAAGAUAAUAUCAGAAAACAUUAGCCUUGCUUCAGAAUUGGCAAAUCUGAUGCAUUCCACGGUUAGGGGAGGUAGGAUGGGGCUCAAGGUCGAUGUACAAAAAGCCUAUGAUUCUCUAUCCUGA